AUGCAUCGCCGACAAAACCCUCAUAGUAGGCAUGAGUAUAAUAAUAAUACCUCACCGCCUCCUGUCACCACCACUACUACUACAACUCCUACUACUUCUACUACUCAUCGUCGCCAGUCCUCGACUUCUUCCUUUACCACCACCAAUGCUAAGAAAGGCACUGUAAGGCCCCAGCGGCCCACUCUCCACCAUCGCAAGAGCGCCUCUGCUCAUCUUCCUCACACUCACACUCACAACAACACCAACCACCGUCGCAAGUCGUCGCACCCGUCGAACAGCAAGCUGCUGGGCGCUGGCUCUGGCCCUGCCAAUUGGUCUGCCCAGUCCGACGACGAUAAGCCUGAAAUGGCAACCAGCUUUCUACAGUACUGUGCCAUGUGUGAAAAGCAGAUAACUGUGCCCAGCAACUCGGUUCUGUACUGCAGCGAGAGCUGCCGCCGCAAAGACUCGUGCAAGCCCCUGUCGGCUUCCUCCUACUCGUACACAAUGACUUCAACCACCACCCCUCCUCCAUCUCCGCCCAUGUCGCCGCGAGACAUUGUCGCUCCUCUAACUCCCACCCGGUCUUCGUCGCCUACUACCACACCUUCUCUCCUGCCCAGGAUACCCUCAUACCUGCACGAUGCCAAGUCGGAUCUUGACCCGACCGAAUGGAAGCCUGUGAUACAACAUCAUCACCAGCAGCAGCAGCAAUAUUCCUAUGGAAGUCGCCGCACACCCUCAUCCACCUCCCUCUCCUCAUCGAGCGAAGCAUGGACAUUUCUCUCGCAGUUCCAUCACAACCAGCAUCACCACCACCACCACCGUGACGAGUCCGCUUUUGGUCUACGUCGCUCAACAACAACCCAUCGCAGCUCGGCCGUUAGCUUGUUGUCGUCGACUCUUGCCCCCUCGCUCACAAACACUCCGAGCACUAUGGCCUCGUCGCUCAGCAGCAGCAACAGCUCUUCUGAUUAUAUUGGACAUGAUGCUGCGUCUGUGUCUGUGUCGGCUACUACACGACCGCUUCCACCGCGCCACAAUCCGUCGUAUACAGGUGCUACCAAGGGUGUCGAGCUGGUUGUUCCGCAUAUCGCUGCGCCUGUGUUGCUGACCACCACCACUACUGGUGAGGAGCGUCUGGCUUGUUCUUCGUCGUCGUCGUCGUCGCCGACUGAUGAUGAUGGCCACGAUGAUGGCGGUGUAUGGCUCAAGUCGGCGCAUCAUCGCAAGUCUGCUCCUAUCAGUACGUCUGCGACUGCCGUGCUGGUUGGAAAGAUGCAUUGA